CUGGCAAUAGCACUUUUCCAUUUCAAUCCAACAAAUCUUUUUAAAAUCCCCUGACUAGAGCCAAACAUAUCAUUUUAGAGCUUCUCUCUCUCUCUAUUUGUCUCCCUCUCUCUAGAAAGAAUCUAGGGUUCGCAACAGUGAAUCUUCCUCCUCACUUGCUAGGUAAAAGAAUCUUCACUGUCUCGUUUAGGGUUUUCAAAAGAUAUUCUGUUCCAAUCUGAUUAGGAUAUUGGGGGUAAUAAUAUUGUAGUAAUAUGGCAACUGAGAGCCCACUUAGAAUGCCAUCUCACAGUGAGGCUGCAAGUUUUGCACCAUCAACUCCUAACCUGGCUGUGAAUGGUCAAAAGUUCCGUGGCAGUGGGAGAGACAAAGUUCCCAAUCGAAGUGGUAGUGCGCCUCCAAGCAUGGAAGGGUCAUUUCUUGCUGUAAAUAACCUCAUUUGCCAGCAGAGCUCUAACUUGGGGAAUUUAAGUUAUUCUGUUCAAAACUCUGAGUCAGAGAAGCAAUCUUAUUUGGCUCUUUAUGAUUCCAGUGUCAACCCAAACCCCAGACUUCCUACACCUCCCAUUGCUAGGAAGAAUCGGUAUAUGCAAUCUGAUAUUGGUAGAUUUGGAAGUAAUUGGGGUUUGACUUCAAUAGAUUACAGUGAUAACAAUUCCUUGCACUUCUCACAAGUUUCCCUUUCUACACACAAGGAAGAGUGUGAAGAUGAUCGCUCAUCCCAUCAACCAUCUGAUGAUCUAGUAGAACAGGUAAAUGGGUUUUGGUCUGGUGAGGAUGCCUCUUCAUUGGUUGGCCAAUCCAGAAGCUUGGUUGAUUUAAUUCAGGAAGAUUACCCUCGGACUCCAUCACCUGUAUAUAAUCAGUCUCACUCCUUCAGUUCUGGAACAACAGAUGAAGCAGCUGAUCAUGAUGUGGAUUCCAGUUCCUUGCAUAAUUCCCCUUUUAGUACAUCAAAUGUGUUGGCAUCAACUGUAGGCACAGAUAGGAUUAGCUUAUCAUUCAAUGCUGAUCCCUCAACUGCUCCUGUUUCUAGCUCAUCACCUCAUAAGUGUACAGGAGCCACAAAUCCCAUGCAACCACUUCUUAAAGGGGAUUUAAAGAUUCAAGAUGUUAUCAUCAUUGAAUCUGAAAUGAAGGAUCUUAGUAUAUCUAGUCUUCCGGUUUCCAAAGACCAAAAAUUUCAACAGCAAUGGCCACACAGGUACCAGGACAAUGUACAGCAACAUCAAGUACAAAAACAGCAACAGAGCAACUCAUUUCAAGUUCAUAGUGGCAAGUCUCAAUUGAUUUCUCAAGGACUAAAUUCCACAUACAUAAGCAUGGAUCAGUUUCUACAUGGCCCUUCGAAGUUCACAGCAGAGGUGCAGCCAGUACUGCAAUCAUCUGGGUUUACGCCUCCUCUUUAUGCAUCUGCCACAGCUUAUAUGGCUUCUCCAAACCCAAUAUACUCUAAUGUGCAGCCUCCUGGAUUAUAUUCUCCACAAUAUGGUGUGGGUGGAUAUGCUUUGAGUUCAGCUGCUAUUCCCCCAUUUUUUCCUGGCUAUCCUCCUCAUGGUGCUAUUCCAAUGGUUUACAAUGGGCCAGAUAGUCCGAACUUUAAUGCCCGCAUGCCUGGGGCUCCAACUGGAGGGAGCUAUGCACAUGGAACUGAUUUGCAACAUAUGAACAGAUUUUAUGGACAGCUUGGAUACCCAAUGCAACCUCCUUUUACUGAUCCUGCACAUAUGCAGUAUUAUCAGCAGCCUUAUGGACCUGCAUAUAAUGUUUCUGGACAAUUUGAUCCUCUAGCUUCUGGAAUUGGUGUGCUUGGGAAUCAAAAUAGUGCUUAUGAAACAAAGAAAGGAUCUUUUGCUGCUGUUGGGUCAGAUAAGAAAUUGCAUCACCAGAUCAGUGGUGUGAAUGAUCUGUACCAAGGUAGAGGGGCAAUAAUUAGUCAUUAUUUUGGGAGCCCAUCAAACAUGGGUAUGUUGAUGCAGUACCCAUCAUCCCCACUUGCUAGUCCAGUUUUGCCAGGAUCCCCUGUGGGGGGAACUGGGAGUUCUGGAGGGACAAAUGGGCUGAGAUUCCCCCCAGGUACGGGUAGAUAUGCAGCUGUGUAUUCUGGAUGGCAAGGUCAAAGGGGAUUAGAAAAUUCUAAUUGCACAAAAAUAUAUAAUUUUAUUGAGGAGUUGAAAUCUGGCAAAGGUCACAGAUUUGAGCUAUCUGAUAUUGCUGGGAAUAUUGUUGAAUUUAGUGCUGAUCAACAUGGGAGUCGAUUUAUUCAGCAGAAGUUAGAGACAUGUAGUCCUGAAGAAAAAGCAUCUGUAUUUAAAGAAGUUCUUCCAUUUGCUCCCAAAUUGAUGACUGAUGUUUUUGGCAAUUAUGUCAUCCAGAAGUUCUUUGAGUAUGGAAGCCCCGAGCAAAGGAAGGACCUUGCCAAUCAGCUUACUGGUCAGAUUUUGCCUCUAAGUCUGCAGAUGUAUGGUUGCCGUGUAAUCCAAAAGGCGCUGGAGGUUAUUGAGCUUGAUCAAAAAGCACGACUUGUUCUUGAACUGGAUGGACAUGUCAUGCGUUGUGUACGUGAUCAAAAUGGUAAUCAUGUGAUACAGAAGUGUAUUGAGAGCAUUCCAACAGAGAAAAUUGGCUUCAUAAUUACUGCAUUUCGUAGCCAUGUUGCAGCACUUUCUAUGCAUCCGUAUGGUUGCCGUGUCAUACAGAGAGUUCUGGAGCGUUGUACAGAUGAGCUGCAAUGUCAGUUUAUAGUGGAUGAGAUCUUGGAGUCUGUCUGUGUACUUGCUCAGGAUCAAUAUGGCAAUUAUGUGACUCAGCAUGUGUUAGAGAGAGGGAAAUCUCAAGAAAGAAGCAAAAUUAUUAGCAAGUUGUCAAGGCAUGUUGUACAGCUCAGCCAACAUAAAUUUGCAUCUAAUGUUAUUGAGAAAUGCUUGGAGUAUGGUGGUGACACUGAACGGGAGCAAAUAAUUGAGGAAAUUCUGGGGCAGCAUGAGGGAAAUGAUAAUUUAUUGAUAAUGAUGAAGGACCAGUUUGGAAAUUAUGUUGUCCAAAAGAUACUUGAUACAUGUACUGAUAUUCAGCGAGAAAUGUUGCUUAAUCGUAUAAAAACACAUGUGCAUGCUCUGAAGAAAUAUACUUAUGGGAAACACAUUGUUGCUCGGUAUGAUCAGCAAUUUGGAGAGGAGAAUCAAGCAUCAUGAUUAUAAUUAAGACAGCGGGAAUCAUCUUCAGAGGCAUGUUACGUGGCAACGAGAUUUCGGCUGACGUUUGAAAGGAAUGAGUUAAGAAAGAUGGAAUGAAGCUGUGCAGUGUUCUUCAACAUGAUUGUGUAAAAAUAUGAUUGCUUCAGCAGUAGGAGCUUCAACCACUAAUAACAACAGAGUUGGAAGAUGUAAGAUUGGUAAAUACGUGUGCCUUGUAAGGAUUUGCUUUUUACAUUUUAUAGAAAACAAAAAAAUGAAAAGAAAAGACAGAGUAAUUUAGGAGUAUAGAUUGCAGAAGAUCCAAAAGGGAAUUGUUUGGAAGCAAAAGAUGGGUGUAUGUAAAAUAAUUUAAGAUUUGUUUGGCUGAUGGCUGUUUCUAUGAAGCGUGAUUAAGUUACAAAAA